CUCAUGAUGCGGCUCAUAUAUAAUACUCCUUAAGAAUUGACAUAAUCAUGAACAUCUAAAUAUAAAUUGUAUUUGGAUUAUAAUACCAUUAUCAUGUUGGCGUUGGGUGUUUUUUACAUUCAAUGCAUUCAUGUUCAUUCACACUUGAAAGGCUGCAAAAAAAGGACGGGUAUCAUAUGUCAUAUGAUCUCGGUUUUAUAGUAGCUUCUCGUUUAUGAAAAGUAUUAAUGCAAAGGUUAUCAAAUAAUUGGAUGUUAACAAAUUUCAGUUACAAAAUCGUUUUAUUAUUUACAAUCGCAGUAUUUGCUGGAUUUUUAGUACGUCUUCAUGUGAUGAUUACAGACAAAACAUUGUCGUGAUCACGGUCGUGCAGCUGGCGUGGGACUAGGUACAGUCGUGCUUCUGACACAGAACUGUCGUGGUGACUAAAUAGGUCAUUCUUCUGUUUGUGCUAUUGACUCAGAAGUACUGUGAUCAAAGAGAUCAAUUUGUACAUAGUGCGGCUGAGAGUACAGAAUGCUGCUGAAAUCUAUUACCGAUGCUAUUUGGGAUGAGAGUUUGUGGUUCCCGGGUGUGUUUGCUGGAAGGACUUAUGGCUGGAAGGAUUUACAAAAUGAGCCGGGAUCAAACGUCUACCUCCCUCAGAUCUGGGACCUCCAUUGGAGUAUUGUACUCGGUGCAUUCCUGGUGGUAUUCAGAUCAGUUCUUGAGAGAUUGGUUAUAACGCCUAUAGGAUACUACCUGGGCAUACCUAGAAAACGACAGUAUAAUGUCACACCAAACCCUCUCCUCGAGACAGCUUACAAACAGAACAAAAAACAAGACCUUCAAUUAUUAUCAAAGAGAACUGAUUGGACACCUCGACAAAUAGAGGUGUGGUUUAGAAAGCGAAAAAAGCAAGAUGCAACGCCGACUAUAAGAAAAUUUUGUGACAGUGGGUGGCGUUUUCUGUUUCAUACAACAUCAUUUACAUAUGGUCUGUUCGUGCUGUGGAAUAAACCAUGGUUCCGAUCAACACGAGAAUGCUGGACAGACUGGCCAAAACAGUACAUAUCAGAUGACAUCUACUGGUACUACAUGAUAGAGUUGUCCUACUACUGGAGUCUGAUUUUCACCCUCGUCAGCGAUCAUAAAAGAGCAGAUUUUAAACAGAUGUUGAUACACCAUAUAGCAUCAAUUGUACUAAUCUACUUUUCUUGGCUGACAAAUUAUGUUAGAAUAGGUACAUUAGUACUCGUCAUUCACGAUGCUUCAGAUCCGUGGCUAGAGAUCGCCAAACUGGGUAUAUAUCUCAAGUGGAAAACUGCUACCGAUGUUUUCUUUACUAUAUUUGUUCUAGUUUGGACAGUUGCCAGACACUUUCUCUUGCCUUACACUGUAUUAUUCCUUACGACGUUUGGAUACCUAGAAUACAUCGACAAGCUCACAUUUGCCUAUUACUUCUUCAAUUUCUUCCUUUACCUGCUUAUGGCCCUCAGCUGCAUAUGGUCCUAUCAUAUCUACAAGAUGGUCUUUCAAAAGCUCCGACAAGGGGAAGUUACAGAUUCACGCAGUGACUUGGAUGAGGACACCAGCUCAGACGAGACCAAUGGGUGUAAUGAAAGUAAAAAUGGGAUGGUUAAAAACGGAAACUUUAACAAUUUGCAGAAAUGAUACAUCCAAAGGAAAAACGAAACAUUUGUAUAAUUGAGGUAUAUUAGAAAAGAAAACGAUCAUCUCCUAUGUCGAAGUGAAUAUCCGGGUUGGGCGCGUUUGUAUAAUUACAUAAAAUUAAAAUCAUGAAUAAUAACAAAAGCAACAAAACCAAUACACAUCAAGAUAUUACCAAAAGCCAUAUAUGGAAGUAUUUACAGAAAAGAGACUAUGAAUAGAAUAAAUAUCGGUCUUCUUUCUACACAAUUCAAGAGUUUUCUGCUCACAAUGCCGUUUUAUACUAUUAAAAAUGUUGGUGUAUCGUCAAAAUGCUCGGAGUAAUUUUCUGAAAAUUUUAUUUACAAUAAACAUCGUAUCACCGGCCUUAUUUGCUGAAACAUGGCCAAAUGGAGAGUGAUCCCACUGUGAUUUAAAUGUUUUGAUUGCUAUAUGCAACACUCCUUCUACUGUGUCGUCAACCUGGGGAUGGCCUGAUAUAUCCUACCACUACAGCGUCAAUCUGCGGGCGGCCUGCUGCAUCGUACCAGUUUAAUGUCAACCUGCGGAUGGCCUGAUAUAUCCUACCACUACAGUGUCAAUGCCUGGGUGGCCUGCUUCAUCGUACCACUAUAGUGUCAACCUGUGGAUGGCCGUCUGAAUCAUACGGCUACAGUGUCAGUCUGUGGGUAGCUUGCUGUAUCGUACCACUACAGUCUGCAGCUGACCUGUUUUGCUGGUUGUGACUGUAGUUUCGUUUGGAAUACUCAAUGCUUCGAGGAAAUAUAUUUUUACUUUUUUUAAGUUACAGUCUUUUGUCCAUAUGGAUGAGUGUACGCACGGGUUUACUUGAUUCACAAAACAUAUCUAAGGUGAUGCCAAAAGACACUUAAUCUUUUGUAACAGUUUGUUUUCAUUUUUUAAUAAAAACAAUGCUUAGA